AUGCAAUUAAAACGAACAUCAAUUGAAUUAGGGACUCUGGAAUAAUUUUUAGAAGGGAACAUUUCAUAUGGAGCUAGUUAAUUAGAUUUGGAAUAUGAAACCUAAUCCUUUUUGAGUAAGGAUGAUCUAAAGAACAAGUUUAAGCCCUUCGCAAAAGAAAGAAAUUCAAUUGGAAAAUUAAUUCAAAGAACGAAAAGCAAUGAAACUACAUCUAGAUUUCAAUUUUUAAAAAGCUAGCAAGUGGUUGUGCAGCCUACAACAAAGAGAAAGAUUCGCAAUAAUCACCCCAUCUAUAAAUGGAGCACUACAAAUCUUUUAGGACUCCAAAAGAGGGAUAUCACCACUUAAGAUUAAACAGUUUCUUUAAGAUAGAGAUUAAAGUAUUUCAAAAUAAAUCUCUAAGCAGAUUAAGGGUUUAUAAAAUAGUUUGGAGAGUAUAAGAAAUAAUUCACCCCAGCAACAAUCCAAACUAGAGCCUUCUUAACACCCAAAAGAGAGUAUUUUUACAAAGAUAGUCUCAUUCCAGGACCAGGUGUAUAUUCUGGAAAAUUGAUGUAGACAGAUCCUGGACACUCGAUUGAAUAUAGUAAAAGUCCCUAAACGUUGAAGUAAUAAACACCUGCUUGUCAAAAGGAUUUUUAUGACUUUUAAUUACAAAAAAAGAAUGAAAAUACUCCAGACUUUUUGAGGACUAUUAGCCGAGAAAAGGCUUAUUAGAGAAGUAUAUUUGCUUAAAUAGAAAUCUAAAGGAAAGAGAAUAUGAAACUUCAAAAAGAAUAACCGUAUGAUCAAAAGAAGAUAGAACAAGAAAUUGAAUAUUUACUAUAUCAAUAAUAAAAAUAUGGGAAAAUAAAUUAUCAACGUAUCUUAGACAAUAAUGAAGAUAUUAAAAAGAUGACUAAGCCUGACACUCUUGAUACAACUUGGAGUAAAAUGCUUGAACGCUAUGGGUUUAAGAAAGUAAAAGGAGGGAAAAUUGUAAAGGAAAGAGUCUAAACGUUGUAGAAUGAGUGA